AUGAGUCCGAAUCUCACCGACCUGGAACAUAAGUCAUACGACAUAGAGAACCUAGGUCUCGUCCCAGGUAUCCAAAGCCUGCCGCAAGGAGCUAUUGAGGCGGCCAACCGGCUGCUACAGAAGAACCAUGACGAGCAUCAUAUGUUCUGGCGUGAUUUUGCCGGGCACAACCACGCGGCGCACAACGUGCUCACGAGGCUAGCCCUGGGCGCAGAUACGUCUGCUCUAGAGCUGGGGUUCCUCUCCAAUGUCGAGCUGGGCCAACGCCCGCCGCCGCCGACAGAUGAGAAUGUGAUUGCCGAGCUGGCGACUGAGGAGGGGUUUCAGAAAUACCUCAGUGAUGUCAAACACUAUGCCAACUAUCUGGUCUUCUUCGAGCGCGAGAUUGAUGCGAAAGGAUUCAGAGAAGUAAUCCAGGAGUACUGCUUCAGCCGCACAAAGACUGCAGAGGCCAUUCUCGCCCGCAUGUUCGACGGAGCUUUCCAUCCCAUCAUCCACUGGGGUCUUGCCGUCGAGUUCGAGCAGCCAAGCAUCUUGGCCGAGGCCCUCGCCCAAGCCGCAACAGACGCCAGCUUCGACAUCCACAUCUUCUUCGCCAAUGCCGAGAGGGAGGCUGCCACCAACCCGACGACCCACGACCGCCCCCUGGUGGAACUCUUCCACGAGGCCCGCGCCAACGAGACGAUCCGGAACUCGGCGCACUGGGAGGAUAUGCAGUUCAAGAUGAAGAACGGCGUGCUCAAGCGCGCCGAGAAAGAAAUCGCCGCCCUGGCCGCGCAGUUCCGCGUCACCCCGGCGACCCUGGAGCGCCGCACCGCCGAGAUGAUCAGCUGCUGCGCAUAUUUCUCGGGCGCGGCGCAGCGCCUCGGCAAGGCGCGCAAGAUUGACUUCUUCUACAUGCACAACGUCACGAGCUCCAUCUUCCUGACCGUUCUGGCGCGGCAGGACUGGAUCCGCGUCGAGGACAAGGUGCGGCUUGUCGAGUGGAAGGCCAGGCUGGAUCUGGUCUGGUAUGCCACCUGCGGUGCGCCCGAGCUGCAUAUCGAGUACAUCAAGAACUAUCAGCCCACGGCCAGCGCGGGCUGGGGCUGGGAGGAGCUCUUCCGCCGCGCCAAUGGCGACUAUGAUGAUGGCCAUGUGGUCAAGUUCCUGCGGGCGCUGAAGAAUGGAGAGCAGGUGGCCAAGCCGUUCGAGGAAGGUGUCUGGGCGGAUGCUUUCCCGGUCAAGGGCGAUAUGUGGCUGAACUUGUCGCGCAUGGCGUAUGAUUCGACUCUGGGCUUGCACCAAGACCUGAAGUGGAUUAUGUUUCCGGGUUUCGACCAGCCAUGGGGCAAAAUUCCAGACGCAGAGAAGCCUGGUUUCUGAAGGUGUUCUUGGCUCUAGGAUACGAGGUAAAAAAUGACACAAUAUGAAGUCGAAAACAGUAUCCCUCGGCCUCAAGUAAGAAUAGCGGGACAGCAAGUUCUCGCAAAUAUACAAAUACAAAUUCUUUAACCGG